UGUGCCCGCCCACAUGCUCGAGUUGCAAGCGGUGAAUGGUGAGCAGGCAGGAGGCAACAGUCUGACUGCACCGCCGUGACUGAUCCUGGACCUGGAUGCGCCGUGCAACCUGCUUAUUCCUCCUCUCAGUCUCCCUUCCAAGCGCAGUGUUCAACUCAUCGGGGAACGAUGCUCUGUGUCUGGGAGGAAGAAUUCUCCUCUGCGCUUGAACUGGGUGAUCGGCGAAAGUGGUCAAUGUGACAUUGCUUCUAUGCCGUGUUCAGUUUAUUGUUCUGGUCCUGGACGCAGACCAGCUAAUCGUGUGAGAAGAUGUUGAGUCGAUUCAUGAGUGGCAGCAUCAGGAAUUUGGACAGAGAAUACAACUGCACCGUCAGACUUCUGGAUGAUACGGAGUAUACCUGCACGAUUCAGAGGGAUGCCAAGGGACAAUAUCUGUUUGACCUAAUCUGCCACCACCUGAACCUGCUGGAAAAGGACUACUUUGGCAUCAGAUAUGUGGAUCCGGACAAGCAGCGGCACUGGCUGGAGGGCCCCAAAUCCAUCUCUAAGCAGAUGAAAUCUCAACCUCCCUUCACCAUGUGUCUGAGAGUCAAGUUUUACCCACCAGACCCUGCCGCGCUCAAGGAGGAAAUCACCAGGUAUCUCGUCUUCCUGCAGAUCAAGAGAGAUCUGUACCACGGCCGCCUCCUGUGUAAGACCUCCGAUGCUGCCUUGCUGGCCGCCUACAUCCUGCAAGCUGAGAUCGGGAACUAUGACCCGGGAAAACAUCCAGAGGGCUACAGCUCCAAAUUCCAGUUCUUUCCCAAACACUCGGAGAAGCUGGAGCGCCGGAUUGCAGAUAUCCACAAGACCGAGCUUGUGGGUCAGUCUCCAGAGGCUGCUGAGCUGAACUUCCUGCGGAAAGCCCAAAUACUGGAGACUUACGGUGUGGACCCUCAUCCAUGCAAGGAUGUGUCUGGAAACCCCGCCUUCCUUGCCUUCACUCCAUUUGGCUUCGUCGUGCUUCAGGGUAACAAGAGAGUCCAUUUUCUCAAAUGGAACGAGGUGACCAAACUGAAGUUCGAGGGAAAGACAUUCCAUAUAUAUGCAAAUCAGAAGGAGGAGAAGAAGAUCAUACUGACGUACUUUGCCCCGACGCCGGAGGCCUGUAAGCACCUGUGGAAGUGCGGAGUGGAGAACCAGGCCUUCUACAAGUUGGAUAAAUCGAGUCAGGUGCGCACGGUGUCCAGCAGCAACCUGUUCUUCAAAGGCAGCCGCUUCCGUUACAGAUUGUCACCUCAUAAUCACCAGAGUGGGAGGGUGGCCAAAGAGGUGAUGGAGCAGAGCGCCAAAAUCAAGAGGGAGCCCCCUGAAAUACACAGAGCUGGCCUAGUGCCCAGCAGGAGCUGCCCGUCCAUCACCCACGGCCCGCGCCUCAGCAGUGUGCCCCGUACCCGCCGGAGAGCUGUACACAUAUCUAUCAUGGAGGGUCUGGAGUCUCUGCGUGACAGCGCCCACUCCACGCCGGUGCGCUCCGUUUCCCAUGGCGACUCCUUCAUGCCUCGCUCGCGCAUGUCGACCGAAGCCAGCAGUGGCAGCGGGGAGCGGGUCAUCUCAGACGAGAACUACAGCCCGUCGGACAGCGUGCUGCCCACUCCGGUGGCCGAGCACAGCAUGGAGCUGGCCGUCUCGCGCCAGGUCAACGGCGCCCCCUGCAGCAUCGAGGAAGAAAAGGAGUCAGAGGCCGGCACGCCGUCGACAGGCGAGUUUGGCGAGGUGGGGCCGGAUGGUAGGGUCCUGAUGUCCGGGCUGGGUGCGGGGGUCGGCCUCUCCUCGCUCAGCGAAGCGGAACAGGUGAAUAAGUUUGUUUUAAGUGUCCUCCGUCUGCUCCUUGUGACCAUUGGGCUCCUCUUUGUCUUGCUCCUCCUCCUCAUCAUCCUCACCGAGUCCGACCUUGACAUUGCAUUUUUACGUGAUAUCCGCCAGACGCCCGAGUUUGAGCAGUUCCAUUACGAAUACUUUUGUCCCCUCAGGCGGUGGUUUGCCUGCAAGCUCCGCUGGGUGGGCGGUCUGCUCAUUAACAACAAGUGAGAGUGCGUGGGGGUCGAGGCGCGCCCAGCCCCGUAGAGCGUAGAGCCUGUUGGUGGGGGGUCGAGAAGACGCUCAGUGCAGCACCGGAGAGAUGGAGGGGGAGCUCCUGUCCUGUCCCGCGCCUGCUCCAAUCCGUCCUUCCCAACCGUGACCCUCAGCUUCUCUCAUGAUCCGUCCUGCAGACUAGUACCCUCCUCUCUCUCUCCUCUCUCCACAAUGAACUGCUGACACUGCACCAGGAGCUCACCAUUUUUCUCCUUUCGAUUUUUUGUCUCCCCCCCACCACCCCACCUCUUGCGUUUUUUUCCUCCUUCGUUUGUUGGUUGGUUUUUUACUCUCUUCCAGUUUUACAUUUCCCAACCCCCGUCUUUUUUUCCUUUUGAAAUUUCUUUUAUAAAGACAGAGGAUGAUUUUUUUUUUCAUGUUUUUUUCCCGGUUGGGAUUUCAGGUCAUUGCAAGUAUUUUAUUUUUACAAAAAAAAAAUAAAAAUGAACAAACCAUAAAACUGACAAAGAACUAAAGCGUGCACCGUUCCUUUUUAGGGAUGAAAUAUUUUUGUUGCAACACAAAACAGUUGCCUUCAUUUGCUAUUUAUUGUUUUGAACAUAACUGAGAAAUGACAUAUUUAAAGAAUGUGAUGUGAGGAAGGUGUUUUGUUGGUGCUUGAUAAAGGGAAGCAGAGAAAGCUGAAUUGGGAUCUUUGAGGGGGAGUGGAUGGUUGAGGCAAUUUUCUCUUCUCGUAGAAAAUGCAUCCUUUUCCAUUGGUCACUAAAGGCAGCUUAACGUUUUUCUCCAUGAACAAGGCCGUUACGUAGAGAAACACACAAUACGAUUAACCGCAAAUAACUCAACAAUUAACAAUGUACUAAAUUAUUACACUUGGACACACGCCAUUGUGAGAGCUGUGAGACUGAGCAGGUUGCCUGAAGAGAAGGUUUAAGUCAGUGUCAGAAAAGAGAAGGGAUGAUUUGAGUGCUUUUGAGGGUGGUUGUUUUUUAAGUAUUGGUUGGAAGAGUGAGUUGAGCAUCACAUAUACUUUUCUAGGAUUAUAUUUAUGUGUAAGCGGUAGCAAGCUGUGGAGUAGAAUUAUGUUUUAUUUAUUUUUUAAAUAAAGGGUUUUAUAAACGAUACCAUAAAAUAAAGCAGUAACAAUGGUGUUAUGUGACCCAAUAGUGUGUCAAUAACUGUUAGAGAAGUGAAUAUGGUCGAUCUCUUGAAAACACCUAGCACCCAUAGAUCCAACCUAGCUAGAUGUGCAAUAUUGUAUAGUGAUGGUUUUUUUAGAGAAAUAUUUCAAUCAAUUCAGAAGGUGUGCAUUUGCGUUAGCUUUGUUUUUUUUAUUUUUAUUUUUUUUUCUUUCAUUUUCACUGUUGAAAUUGAAAGAUGUCUCGUUGUAUAAAGAAUGAAUGGUUUGUUUCAAUUCCAUAUCAGACAUUGCUCCUAAGUUUGUACUUUGUGAAUACCAUGCUACUAUUAAUUAUUAAAAUAACAAUAACAAUGCUGUACUUUUUUGUACAAAGUAGUUAGUUUCCUAAUAUAUUGACAGUUUUUCCAUGUAUAUUUUAACAGAACUGAAAUGUUAUUUUGUUAUUGAAGAUUAAAUUAUACCUUUUUUAGCUCUGUGUUUCAGGUGAGUUGUAGAGUUUAUGGAAUAAUUGGAGGGAAUGAUAUUUGACUAGGCAAAAGGGACAGAUUUUCUUUUUUUCCUGGUCCACCUCUCACCAACAAACCUCUGUUACUCGAGCCAGCAGUGACAGAGUUAUCUCUGUAUGCAAGGCAUGCAAGCAGCAACCUAAAAAAAAAAACGCCACAGCAACAGAGCAGACAGAGGACAUCUUGCAGUCAGAAGAAGACAGCUUUAGCAGCAACCAAUUGAAAUCUGGUGGAGAGGAGAGAGCCUUUUGGGAUUUCAGGUGUCAAAGUGCUGUCAGCUUAUGGUUGAUAUCUCAGUGCUGUGAAUUGGGUUGGUUGGGAUAUCAGGAGGGGAGUGGCUGAUUGCAACUGCUGAACUAAUGGGUGAAAGAAAAAUCUGUUUUAAUCUGUCUACUCCCUGUUAUCUGGAAUAAGUGUGUGUGUGUGUGUGUGUGUGUGUGUGUGUGUGUGUGUGUGUGUGUGUGUGUGUGUGUGUGUGUGUGUGCGAGUGUGUGUGUAUGAGGUGGAGAGCAAUGUGUAUGUGUAGCCCCUUAAAUCUGUUUUAUGUGAGUGUGUUUAACUUAAAAAGCUUAAUUCAAAGUGGAACACGGACAGAAAGACAGAAGAUUUGUUAGGUCUUAUUUUUAAAAUAGGGAAGAAUGGCACAGAAGGAGAAAUAAAGACAAGAAGGAGGAGAGAAAAGGCUAUACGGGAGGAAGGGAUAUGAGAGGAAUGAUGGGCACUGGGCCUUCAGCGGAGUUAGGAGGUAUGAGAAAUUAGGUCUCGAUCUGUACACUGUGACUGACACACAUUUCCUCCAAUGAGCCUCUGUCGAUCCCCUCUAAUGGGUCUAAAGAAGUUAGCUGAUUUAAUUGACACUAUAGCAGCUGUAGACUCUUGAGGUACUUAGAUGCCACUCGUGCAGUCUUGGUCUAAUAGCAUAGUUCUCCUGCUCCUGGCACAAAUAAGUGGGUUUGUGUAGAAAUAACAUGACAGUCUCAAUCACUACUGCACAGCAACAGUCAACAUUUAUGCUAGGCUGUAGCUGCUGUUUAGGUGUUGCUUCAGUCUGUCUUAAGGGGUCAGAGUGUCUUGGACCUUCAUCCUGCCCAUAAGACUUCAGCAGCCAUUAUGUUACAGGGCUAUCUCAACAACAAUAACAACAACAACAAAACUGUUUCUGACAACUGUUUCUGUUACCUACAAUAGGGAGGAAAAGUUUUAUUGCACAACAUGUACUCUAGAUUUGUGAUAUGCUGUACGGACUGUACACACCACGGGAGAUUAAAAAACCUCUUCAGAGAUUCGUGAGACAAAUGUGCAUGCUUCUUACUUUUUAAAGUAUCAUGCAUGCAUAUCCAACAGCAAGUGCAACAGUAGAAUGGCUUGGGGAUGGUUUGAAUUCAACAGACUGCAAAUUAAGGCAACAGUGUCUUAACAUGACAUUUAUGUAUUAUUUGUGUUUGCCUAUGUUCUUUGAUCCCUUUGUUGAUGGAUAAUAAAAACUGGAUUGUAUUAUGGUUUGUUUUCCAAUAGGUGAGAUGAUGCAUUAGAUUUGACAAGGGUAAUAUCAAUGGUCAACAUUGUAACUCAUUUUGCAGCAUAAUGUAGCUUCAAUGAUCCUUCCAUGCAUGCACAAAACUAAAGGCAGCACCAUUCAACUAGCAAUAAUUUGAAAUGUAAAAGGGAAAUUCAAUAAUCUGCUUUGUAAAGGGGUAUCCACAAAGAAGUGUACAAACUUCUGAAUUUCUGAAUGAAUUCAUUGCAGCUGUGGAAUCAGAUUACUUGAUUUUAUUUUCAUGUGGCGUCUGAUCAUUUCAAUGCACAGCCUUGAGCUCAAUACACUUCCAAAAAAAUUAUAUGUUUUAUAUGAAGACAAUACUGGUAAUUGUAAAAGUGGAUAGAUUAUUUAACUACUUCCUUAAAAAAUUGCUACAUUUUGUACACAUUUAGCUCCCAUGCUCCCUUCAUGUGAUGGUUUUGUCAGUGUUUUUGUUGUUCCUGUAUGUGACCAGCAAACUCUGCCUCUACCUGAAUCCCUCUGCGACUUAACCAAAGGGGCAAGUGACAGGAUCUAAAAUCUCAGACGCAAUACCUGCGUUCUUUGCUGUGCCGCAGAAACACUAGCUGACUAUCUGCAGAGUUCUGGCACUCCUGCUCUGAGAAGAGUGUCGUGCCGCGUGUGUGGCAUCGCUGAGGGUGACCGUAGGCCAGCAUUGAGUCUGAGGGUCAAAUGUUAUCCGUUGUCUUCAAGGCACUCUUGCAGUGAAGGGGGGGAGGCAACAAAACAAUAAGAAUGUGGCCCUCCUAAUCUGGUCUGUUUCCAUGGUAACAGUAUUAUUUAUUUCAUUUUUUAAUUUUUUUUUGUCCUGGUCUUCCUCUCGGGAACUGGUGGUAGUACUUGUUUUUGUGGAAGAUGAACCUGCCUCUGGCUGUCUGUGUGUACAACUGUAUGAAAAAAAGGGGAAGUGCAUAAUGUUUGGUGAUAUGCCAUAUGCUACUAACCAUAUGUUGGCAAUCGCUCUGCCAGAGUGCUUCCAUCAGCGGGUCCUAUAGAGCACUCAACUACACUGCAGCUAACAUGGCCCCAUGGCACACAAAAAGUAAUAGGGUGGAAGGAGUCAUUUGUAAUACUGUGGGUUUAUGUGGGUUGAAAUUGAUGUUUUAUUUUAUUUGAGUAUGUAUCCACUGGAUGUAUCAAGGCAAACUUGGCUAUAUGUAUAGGCUCAUUGAAAAACUGCCUUCUUUUUGACCACCAGCUUGAUACAUAUUUUAGUUCUAUAACAUUAUAUGUGUAUUUGUGUGUGUGUGUGUGUGUGUGUGUGUGUGUUUAUGGUCAGGAGGUUGUACUGUAUUACAGCUGAAUUGUAUGUUAUUACUGUUGCCAACCACUGAUCUAAACACACCAGCCACACAACACACACACAGCUGUAAUCCGAGUGGCCAGCAGACCUCUCUGCUUCUGGAGUGGUGAUCCGGCCCUUAGGAUGGCAAUCGAUGAAUGGGGAAACUACAUAAAAUGGAGACAAUGUUUAUUUAUCUCUUUUAGUUUCUCUUGGCCAUUACUUCCCCGUAACCGAGCUUCUGGUCAUUUCUCUCCAUCUGCCCUGAAACUGAAAGACUGAAAUAAUAUCAGUAAUUGUAACUUGCUUCUACUCAAUGUAUUGUGCUUCUGUCACCUCUGCCAGCCCCUAAACUCCCCCCAAACACACUCUCGAACAACUAUGCGCGCAUACACACACAUGCCCAGAGUAUGUUGGUGCAUAGCUGUGUCAUUGACGUGUUUUAUCUAUUUCUGUAUUCUGCAUCUUUUUAAACUUGGGAUUGGAGGCUGCUGUUUAGUUACUUAAAAUAUAAAUAGAUAUACAAAUAUAUACAAAUUUAUGUGCCAAAUCCAGUUCCUGUUGAGACUGAUUCAUUCCGAGACCAUCUUUGUACUGUAGGAAACCUUCCAUACGAAACGGUAUGAAAUAUUGUUUCUCUGAUAGUCCCUUGUAACUGGUGCCAUGGAAAUAUUCAAACUUGAAAUAAACAUCAAAAAGUGUUUAAA